UGGGUAAGAUUUUAUAUGGCAAGUGUCAAAAUAAUUGACCUGGUCCUCCACGGCAAAUCCACACAUUCAUAUAAUCCACCACUUUACAUGCCUACUUAUUCCAAAUUGAGCUUGGAACCAUCUCAAAUUUCCUGCAAUUCUAUGAAUUCAUCAAGAAUUUCCCUUCGUCCUUUCAAACUCUCUGAUGCCAAUGACUUCCUCAAAUGGGCAAGUGAUGAUAAAGUAACACGCUAUCUAAGAUGGAACACCAUAACCUCUAGGGAAGAAGCCUUGACAUAUAUUGAGAAGCUUGCUACACAUCCGUGGCGUCAGUCCAUAUGUUUGGAUGACCAAUCAAUUGGAUAUGUUUCUGUCAAACCAGAACAGAGUGAUGACAUGUGUAGAGCACAUGUUAGCUAUGUUGUGUCCGCAGAGUACUGGGGGCAAGGGAUUGCAACAGUGGCAUUGAGGAUGGCCAUGUGUAGGGUGUUCAGAGAGCUCCCAUGUUUGGUGAGGAUUGAGGCUUUGGUGGAGGUUGAGAAUAAGGGGUCUCAAAGGGUUUUGGAGAAAGUUGGGUUUCUGAAAGAAGGGUUGUUGAGGAAGUAUGGGUAUUGCAAAGGUGAGAUUAGAGAUAUGUUUAUCUAUAGCUUCUUAUCAACUGAUAAGAUUAUGUGAUUCAUCUGUUCAAAAGUUGUUUUUUUUUUUUUUUGGAACAAUCAUAAAGGUUAAUAUGCUCGACAAGAAAUAGUAAACGAAAUGUUAUCGUAAUUUAUGAAAUUUAAAAAAAAAAAAAAAAAAGUUCAUGUGAUAUACUUCAAUGUAAUUUAAUGCAACAAGGUUAUUAGUUUGAAGAUUUA